AUGCCUCCAUUGAAUAGAAACAACACUGCUGUCAAGCGAAUCAUGCAGGAGGCCAGAGAACUCGCAAACGAUCUAUGUGCAGACUACCAUGCUGCACCACUCGAGGAGUGGCAUUGCACCCUAAGAGGGCCCAUCGGGACGGAGUUUGAGGGUGGAUUGUACCAUUUCCGCAUUCUCUUGCCCGCAGAAUACCCAUUCAGACCGCCAUCACUCAUGAUGCUUACGCCAAACGGCCGCUUUGAGCUUAAUACCAAGAUCUGCAUCAGUUUCACGAAUUACCACGAAGAGGAGUGGCAGCCUGCCUGGGGAGCAUUCUUCCCUCUGAGGGGGCAAGCAGCCAAUGGGGUGGGCUCGGUGGAGUAUCCCAUCUCGGAGCGGAAGCGUCUGGCUCAGCUGUCUCGCGAGUGGGUGUGCCCCAAGUGCCGAUUGAGUAAUCUGGAGUGUCUUCCAGAUCUCCCCUCUAAAGUCGAUGGUUCCCCGGAAUCCGUUGGCGAGACUCCGGAGAACGAGCCUAUUACCCGGGCGCACACGCACUCACCGGGCACAUCCCCGCCAACUGCGAUCAGACAGGAUCCAGAGCGUGUGCCGGAAACCGCGCUGAAUCCCGCCCGCCGUAGUACGUUACGACCGCCGCUGCUACUGGAUACUGUGAUCUGCGUGCUGCUCGUGCUUGUUGUGGGGCUUCUGUGCCGGCGAGUACUGUGA